GUUCCUUUAGCUUCUCACUCUUUGCUGAAGUCUCUGUGGAAGUGGGACACUGACAGAAGCACAGUGAGACUGUAAGUGUGUCUCCUAGUGUAAAUGAAUCAAUGAGACAGGCUUUCUGACAGACAUGGUGUCCUCCUGUCAUGGACGGGUGAAAUAAAGCUGACUGCUGCAGUAUGGAGACAGGCGAAGGUCGUCCCCUCCCUCCCUCCACUGCCUCCUCCAGCCUCCUGCCCCCUGCUCCUUCUCCCCCACCCGCCCCCCUUCAUCCAGCCCCGUCUACCAUAAGGGAGUGUCAGGUUCCCUUGCUGGACAGCAGCUCCUCCCACACCAUGCUGGAGCCCCAUCCAGAGGACCAAAUCUCCCCCAACUCAUACCUGCUCCGGGCCCAGCCCCCCACUGGAGCUCCAAACCAUCACAGCCAGUCCACCCUGCGGCCGCCCAUCCCUCCACCGCACAACCACCAGACGCUGUCGCACCACCAGUCCUCUGCCAACUCGCUCAACCGCAACACACUGAGCGGCCGCCGCAACCCCAUCCACGCCCCUCCAUCCGCCCCGGGCGAAGGGCCCACCACACCCGAGUCAGUGCAGCUGCAGGACAGCUGGGUGCUCAACAGCAGCGUCCCGCUGGAGACCAGGCAUUUCCUGUUUAAGACCUCUUCAGGGACCACGCCUCUCUUUAGCAGCUCAUCACCAGGUUACCCCUUGACGUCCGGCACAGUAUAUUCUCCACCACGGCUCCUACCCAGAAACACCUUCUCUAGAAGCGCCUUCAAGCUGAAGAAGCCAUCCAAGUACUGCAGCUGGAAAUGUGCCGCCCUGUCGGCGAUCGCUGCAGCCACCCUGCUGGCCAUUCUGCUGUCCUACUUCAUCGCCAUGAAUCUGUUGGGGCUGAACUGGCAGCUGAAACCUGUGGUUGGUCCCAUGCUGAACAACGGCUUGGGAGCCGGGCUGCCCAGCAACAGUGACGUAGCAACAGCGCCCUCUGGAGGCAGAGGGCCAUGGGCCGCUCGUAACAGCAGCAUAGAUACAGGGAGCCUGGAGGUAGGCAGGCGCGUGACCCAGGAGGUGCCGCCCGGGGUGUUCUGGAGAUCCCUGAUGCACCUCAGCAAGCCUCAGUUCCUCAAGUUCAACAUCUCCUUGGGCAAGGAUGCACUGUUUGGUGUUUACAUUCGCAAAGGGCUGCCGCCGUCCCAUGCACAGUAUGACUAUAUGGAGCGUUUGGAUGGAAAGGAGAAAUGGAGCGUAGUGGAGUCGCCCCGUGAGAAACGCAGUAUUCAGACGGUGGUUCUGAACGAGGCUGUGUUUGUACAGUAUCUGGACCCUGGCACGUGGCACCUGGCUUUCUACAAUGAUGGCAAGGAGAAGGAAUCGGUCUCUUUUAGCACAGCUGUUCUGGACUCUGUGCAAGAGUGUCCCCGCAACUGUCAUGGUAACGGAGAGUGUGUGUCAGGAGUAUGUCACUGUUUCCCCGGGUUCCAUGGUAUGGACUGCUCGAAAGCGGCAUGCCCAGUCCUAUGCAGUGGAAAUGGUCAGUAUGACAAGGGAUCAUGUAUCUGCUAUAGUGGAUGGAAGGGUCCGGAAUGCGAUGUUCCCAUAAGUCAGUGUAUCGACCCCCAGUGUGGCGGUCAUGGCACGUGCACAGAGGGCAUAUGUGUUUGUUCUCUGGGCUACAAAGGAGAGAACUGCGCUGAGGUUGACUGCCUGGAUCCAACCUGCUCAAAUAAUGGCAUCUGUGUGAACGGAGAGUGCCACUGUAAACCAGGCUGGGGUGGACCAAACUGUGAGCUGCCCAGAGCACAGUGCCCAGAUCAGUGCCAUGGUCAUGGUGCUUUUAUUCCAGACACAGGCGUCUGUAGCUGUGACCCCAAUUGGAUGGGCCCUGAUUGUUCUGUUGAGGUUUGCUCAGUCGACUGCGGGACACAUGGUGUAUGCAUGGGUGGCUCAUGCCGCUGUGAGGAGGGCUGGACAGGUGCGGCAUGUGACCAGCGUGUGUGUAACCCACUCUGCGUGAAGCACGGCACCUGUAAAGAUGGGAAGUGCGAGUGUGAACAGGGCUGGAAUGGAGAACACUGCACCAUCGACUUUUGGGAUGGGAGUAUUGAAGAUGGCUGUCCGAACCGAUGUAAUGGAAAUGGACAGUGUCUGCAGGGUCAAAACAGCUGGCACUGCGAAUGCAAGACUGGAUGGAGAGGCACCGGCUGCAAUGUCGCCAUGGAGACUUCAUGUGCAGACAACAAAGACAAUGAAGGAGAUGGUCUGACUGACUGUAUGGAUCCAGACUGCUGUAUCCAAAGUCCCUGCCAGAACAGUCCGCUUUGUAAAGGGUCCAGGGAUCCCUUACAGGUCAUACAGCAAGGCCAGCACACUGAGCAGAAAGUCCGUUCCUUCUAUGACCGUGUCAAGAUGCUAGUAGGCCGGGACAGCACUCAUAUAAUCCCUGCAGACAAUCCCUUUAACGCAAGUCUGGCAUCACUGAUCAGAGGUCAGGUGGUGACAACAGAUGGAACCCCGCUGGUGGGAGUUAAUGUGUCAUUUGUCAAACUGAGAAUAACACAAGUACAUAUUUGUUUUUGGGUUGUUGUUUUUUUGCCCUCUGUUUGCCUUUCCCACUUCCUUUCGCUCUGUGUCAUUAGAUUUGACCUCAUUGCCAAUGGUGGAGCCUCUCUCACCCUCCGAUUCGAGCGGGCUCCAUUUUUGAGUCAAGAGCGCACAGUGUGGCUCCCGUGGAACAUUUUCUAUGCCAUGGACACUCUGAUGUUGAAGACUGAGGAGAACACCAUCCCUAGCUGUGACCUCAGCGGUUUUGCGAGGCCUGAUCCUGUGGUGGUGGCCUCCCCCCUUUCUUCUUUCUUCAGUUCCAGGCCAGGAGAGAGGUCCAUCAUUCCAGAGACACAGGUUCUGCAUGAGCAGCUAGAGAUUCCUGGUACCAGUCUGAAGCUCUGUCAUCUGAGUUCACGGACCUCAGGUUACCGCUCUUUACUCAAGAUCACCAUGACUCAAGCCGUGGUGCCUCUCAGCCUGGUCAAAGUCCAUCUGAUGGUUGCCGUGGAGGGCCAUCUCUUCCAGAAGUGGUUCCACGCUUCACCCAACCUCGCAUACACCUUUAUCUGGGACAAGACCGAUGCAUAUGGUCAGCGUGUCUAUGGCCUCUCUGAUGCAGUGGUCUCUGUGGGGUAUGAAUAUGAAUCAUGUCCUAGUCUGGUGCUGUGGGAGAAGAGGAUUGCUAUGCUUCAAGGCUAUGAGCUGGAACCUUCCAAUCUGGGCGGCUGGUCUCUGGACAAACACCAUAUACUCAACCUGCGCAGUGGCAUCCUUCAUAAGGGCAGCGGUGAGAACGUCUUUGUGUCCCAGCAGCCACCCAUCAUCACAAGCAUCAUGGGUAAUGGGCGUCGACGAAGCAUCUCUUGCCCGAGCUGUAAUGGCCUGGCUGAUGGAAAUAAGCUGUUGGCACCUGUAGCCCUGUCAGCAGGCAUUGAUGGCAGCCUCUACGUCGGAGACUUGAAUUUCGUACGCAGAGUUUAUCCCAACCUCAAUACCACACGCAUACUGGAGCUCAGAAAUAAGGAUUUUCGACACAGUAACAACCCGACUCAUAAGUACUUCCUGGCUGUGGACCCAGUCUCUGGGGCUCUGUUCAUCUCUGACACAAAUUCUCGGCGAAUCUACAAGGUGCGAUCGCUCACAGGGGGAAGACUGCUGGCCGACAAUGCCGAAGUGGUGGCGGGCACAGGAGAACAGUGCCUGCCCUUCGACGAGAGGUGCGGGGAUGGGGGCAAAGCCGUAGAAGCCACUCUCAUGAGCCCCAAAGGUGUUGAUGUUUUUUGAAAAGGGAUUAUGUACUUUGUGGACGCCACCAUGAUUAGGAAGGUGGAUCAAAACGGCAUCAUCUCUACUCUCCUGGGCGCCAAUGACCUCACUGCUGUGCGCCCACUGAGCUGCGAUUCCAGCAUGGAUGUCAGUCAGGUACGCUUGGAGUGGCCCACCGACUUGGCAGUAAACCCCAUGGAUAACUCUCUCUAUGUGCUAGAGAACAACGUUAUCCUACGCAUCACUGAAAACCACCAAGUGAGUAUCAUCGCGGGGCGUCCCAUGCACUGCCAGGUGCCUGGCAUUGACUAUUCCCUUAGCAAACUGGCCAUCCACUCCGCCCUGGAGAGCGCCACGGCUAUCGCCAUCUCCCAUACGGGUGUGCUCUAUAUCGCCGAGACAGACGAGAAGAAGAUCAACCGUGUUCGGCAGGUUAGCACCAACGGAGAAAUGUCACUUCUGGCUGGUGCUGCGUCGGAGUGCGACUGCAAGAACGACGUCAACUGUAACUGCUUUGCAGGAGACGAUGGAUACGCUACAGAUGCCAGCCUCAACUCCCCCAUGUCUCUGGCUGUCUCACCGGAUGGCACGCUCUAUAUUGCAGACCUUAAUAACAUUCGAAUCCGGGCUGUGCGUACUAACCGACCAGGGCCUUCAGCGUUAGGCCAGUAUGAGGUUGCGUCCCCUCAGGAACAAGAGCUGUAUGUGUUUAAUGAGGAGGGUCUCCACCUACAGACCAUCAGUCUUGUGACGGGUCUGCCUCUCUACAAUUUCAGCUAUGGUUCUGAUGGAGAGCUGGCCACAGUGGUGGAUAACUGCAAUAAUACGGUGAAAGUGCGGAGGGAUGGGGCAGGGCAGGGUGGUGUGGGACUGCUCAGGCUCAUCCUGCAGCCUGAGAAUCAGGUGGUUACACUGGGACUGGAUCCUGCAGGAAGCUUGCGCUCCAUCUCUGCUCUCAGCCAGGAGAUCGUUCUGCUGGGAUACAAUGGAAACACUGGUUUGUUGGCUACCAAGGCUGAUGAGACUGGCUGGACAACCUUUUAUGAGUAUGACAGUGAAGGAAGGCUAACCAAUGUGACGUACCCCACGGGGAUGGUUACAAGUCUGCAUAGGGAGAUCGAAAAAUCCAUCAACAUUGACAUUGAGAGCUCCAACAGAGAUGAUGACAUCACUGUCAUCACGAAUCUUUCGUCAGUAGAAGCCUCUUACACUGUUGUGCAAGAUCAAGUACGGAACAGCUACCAACUGUGUAACAAUGGCACUCUGAGAGUAAUGUAUGCCAAUGGGAUGGGCAUCAGCUACCACACCGAGCCCCAUAUCCUGGCAGGAUCAGUGAGUCCCACCAUCGGCCGCAGGAACAUCACCCUUCCCACUGAUAACGGUCUGAACUCUAUUGAGUGGAGGCUGCGCAAAGAACUGUCCAAGGGCAAGGUCACUGUGUUUGGCAGGAAACUUCGGGCACAUGGGCGCAACCUCCUGUCAAUAGAUUUUGAUAGGAACACACGGACUGAGAAGAUCUAUGACGACCACAGGAAGUUCACUCUGAGGAUCACUUAUGAUGCCCAGGGUAGGCCAGCGAUAUGGCAGCCGAGCAGCAGCCUUGCAGUGGUGAAUGUGUCUUACUCCAGCACAGGCCAGCUAGUGGGGCUGCACCGAGGGAGUAUGAGUGAGAGAACGGAGUUUGACCCACAGGGCCGAAUCCUCUCGCGCUCUUUUGUGGAUGGAAAGGUCUGGAGCUACAGUUACCUGGACAAGUCCAUGGUGCUGCUCCUGCAGAGUCAGAGACAAUACAUCUUUGAAUUUGAUGCAUCCAACCGCAUCACGGCUGUCACCAUGCCUAGCGUUGCCCGUCACACCAUGUUCACUCACGUCUCCAUCGGCUACAUCCGCAACACCUACAACCCGCCAGAGAGCAAUGCGUCCAUCAUCUAUGACUUCAGCGAGGAUGGGCGCCCCCAGGCCGCCUACUUCCUGGGUACCGGCCGUCGCGUCCUCUACAAAUAUGGCAAGCUGGCCAAGCUCUCCGAGAUCUUGUAUGACAGCACAGCCAUCACCUUUGGCUAUGAUGAGACAGCCGGAGUGCUAAAAAUGGUCAACUUGCAAAGCGGUGGCUUUUCGUGCACGAUUCGCUAUCGUAAAAUGGGUCCCCUGAUUGACAAGCAGAUCUAUCGCUUCUCGGAGGAAGGUAUGGUGAACGCACGCUUCGACUACACCUACCAUGACAACAGUUUCAGAAUCGCAAGCAUGAAGCCAGUAAUCAGCGAGACGCCACUUCCUGUGGAUCUAUACCGCUACGAUGAGAUCUCCGGAAAAGUGGAGCAUUUUGGAAAGUUUGGAGUCAUCUACUACGACAUCAAUCAGAUAAUCACCACUGCCGUCAUGACCCUCAGCAAGCAUUUCGAUGCGCAUGGGCGAAUCAAAGAGGUUCAGUAUGAGAUCUUCCGCUCUCUUAUGUACUGGAUGACGGUGCAGUACGACAACAUGGGCAGAGUAAUCAAGCGAGAGCUAAAGAUCGGCCCGUACGCCAACACCACUCAGUACCGCUAUGAAUACGAUGGUGACGGACAGCUCAGUGGUGUCAAGGUGAACGAUUGGUCCACUUGGCGCUACAGCUAUGACUUAAAUGGCAAUCUACACCUGCUCAACCCAGGCAACAGCGCCCGACUCAUGCCGCUCCGCUAUGACCUACGAGACCGCAUCACAAGGCUCGGUGAUGUGCAGUACCGUCUGGACGAGGACGGUUACCUCAGUCAGAGGGGCGGCGACGUGUUUGACUACAACUCUAAAGGCCAGCUGGUGCGUGCCUAUAGCCGUGCAGCUGGAGGAUGGAGCGUCCAGUACCGUUAUGAUGGACUCGGACGCAGGGUGUCUACUAAGAACAGUCUGGGUCAGCACCUCCAGUUCUUUUAUGCUGACCUGAACAACCCGACUCGGGUCACGCAUGUGUUCAACCACUCCAGCUCGGAAAUCAGCUCUUUGUACUAUGACCUGCAGGGCCAUCUGUUUGCGAUGGAGGUGAGCAGUGGGGAGGAGUACUACAUCGCCUCUGACAACACCGGUACACCACUGGCUGUCUUCAGCAGCAACGGGCAGAUGAUCAAACAGGUGCAAUACACCGCUUAUGGGGAGGUGUACCACGACUCCAACCCUGAGUUCCAGCUUGUCAUUGGCUUUCACGGUGGGCUUUAUGACACACUAACCAAGCUGGUGCAUUUCACACAGAGAGACUAUGAUGUUUUAGCAGCCAGAUGGACAUCGCCUGAUUACACCAUGUGGCAGAAGAUCGGAAAAGAUCUGGCACCCUUUAACCUAUACAUGUUCAAGAAUAACAACCCCCUCAGUGACAUGCUGGAUGUCAAGAAUUAUGUCACAGAUGUGAAGAGUUGGCUGGUGAUGUUUGGCUUCCAGCUUAGCAACAUUAUUCCAGGCUUUCCCAGACACAUACACUAUUUCGUGGAUCCGCCGUAUGAGCUCCUCGCCAGUCAAGAAAGUGAAAACGGGCAGGUGAGUCACCACAUUACUGGAGUUCAGCAGGAAGCCGAACGGCACAACCAAGCAUUCAUGGCUCUGGAGGGACGGCUUCUUGACAAAGAGCGCAAGACCAAACAUGAGAAGCCAGGCCACUGGUUUGGCACGAGUACACCCAUCAUUGGACGAGGAGUGAUGCUGGCAGUGAAAGAAGGCCGCGUGGUCACAGGGGUCUCCAGCAUGGCCAGCGAUGAUAGCAGGAAGGUGGCUCUAGUGCUCAAUAACGCCAUCUACUUAGACGGGACGCACUACACUCAGGAUGGCCAUGACUGUCAUUUCUUCGUGAAGAUAGGCUCAGCUGACAGUGACCUCCUAGCUUUGGGACUUACCAAUGGACGCAAGGCUCUGGAAAGUGGGAUCAAUGUGACGGUAAGCGGUCGCUCACGAAGAGGGGUCACCGUUGAGUUCCGGGUUCCGGCGCUUUCUCUGAGCGUGCGCUAUGGGUUGGCGUCAGACGUCCUGGAUGAGGAGAGAGCUCGGCUAUUGGAGUUGGCGCGGCAGCGGGCACUAUCGGGAGCCUGGCUGCGAGAGCAGCAACGGGCACAGGAUAAUAAAGAGGGAAGCCGCUUGUGGACUGAAGGAGAGAGACAGCAGCUCCUCUCAACAGGGAAAGUGCAGGGGUACGACGGGUACUACAUUUUACCCGUGGAACAGUAUCCUGAACUAGCGGACAGCAGUUUCAACAUCCAGUUCCUGAGACAGAAUGAGAUGGGGAAGAGGUAACAGUCC